AUGGAGCGCGGAGCGGCGGAGGAGGUUCGGGAACGGCGGCGAGGGGGCGGCGAGGGCGGCGGGGUGGCGGAAGAGCCGCGGGGGUUCCGCCUUCCGCCCCUCUCCCUUCUCCGCCUGCGCCAUCCGCUUGAAGUUUCCCACCGAUCCCCCACGAACCCCCCCAAAUUUCCUCCCCGCCAGCUCGUGCGGCGCCAGAAGCGCCGGGAGCUGGACGCGCGGCGCGGGAAGUGCCGCAUCCGCAUCGGGGGGCACCUGGAGCGCUGGUGCCGCCUCAAGGAGCAGCUGGGAUUCUCCCUGCACUCCCAGCUGGCGCAGUUCCUCCUCGACAGGUACAGCGCUCACGGAUCCACCUGGAGCUCAGAGGCGGAGCGGCUGCAGCGCCUGGUGGUGCUGUCCCACCGGCACGGGCAGGAGUGCGGGCUCGUGCCCGACGUCCAGCUGCCAACAUCUGGCGGCGCGGCGCCGCUGGUUUGGCAAUGCGCCGCCGGGCACCGCUUCUCGUGGGGCGGCGACUCCGGCGGCGAUUCCGGCGGAGAUUCCGGCGAUUCCGGGCGGAGGCGACGGCGGAGAAGGGACGCGGUGGGAACCAACGAGGACGGAGAGGAGGGAACGGCCGGGGCACCCAAGGGUGACGAGGAGAUGGGAGAUGGGGGAGGCAGCGGCGGAGAGGCCCCUCAGGCGCCGCCGGACCCGGACCCGGCGCUGGCGACCUCCGACAGCGCCGAGCCGGGGGACAAGGUGGAUGAACCCCGAGAGGAAGAGGAGGAUGAAGAUUCUGACCUGGCCUACGGCGACGAUGCGCGCGAUGAGAAUUAUCACCCGUCCUCGGAUAGCCCCUCGGCGCCGCAGCGACGCCAGAACCGACCCAGAACGUGCCGGAAGCCCAUCAAGGAGGAGCCGCCCCUGCCCGGCUCCGUCCCCUUGGAGGAGGAGAGCGGCCGGGCCAGCUGCCGGCGGCCGAGCGACGCAGACACGGCUCAGAUCGGCCCCAAGAGGAUCAGGAAGGCGGCGAAGAGGGAAAUCCUCCUGUGCGACUUCGAGGGAUGCGGAAAAAUCUUCUCCAACCGCCAGUACCUGAACGUGAGCUACAAACGGGAUUACAUCUGCGAGUUCUGCGCGCGCUCCUUCCGCACCAGCAGCAACCUCAUCAUCCACCGGCGCAUCCACACCGGGGAGAAGCCGCUCCAGUGCGAAAUCUGCGGUUUCACGUGCCGCCAAAAAGCCUCCCUCAACUGGCACAUGCGGAAACACGACGCCGACUCCUCGUUCCGCUUCCCCUGCGACGUCUGCGGGAAAAGGUUCGAGAAGCGCGACAACGUCACCGCCCACAAGAGCAAAAGUCACCCCGGCGGGAUCCGCCAAAUCCAACGCGGAAUUCCGGAGCCGGAAAAGCCGGAAAAGCCGGGAUCGCCCCAAAGUCACCGGGAAGGACGGGCGGGGUCCUAGGGAAGGACGGGGUUAAAAAUUUGGGGAGGGUGGGGAGGGGUGGGAGGUAGAGCUGCAGGUGGGAGAGGGAAAAUUUGGGGGAAAAUAUUGAUUUUUUUCGGAUGAAUCUGGGGGUUUUUUAAGGGUGAAUAUGGGGGGGAUAAUGGGUUUUCAGUUUGGGCGAUGGGGCAAAAUUUGGGAGGGUGUUGGGUUGUGUGAGGCAGCUCUAGGUGGGAAAAAUAUGUGGGAGAGGUAAAAAUGGGGAAAAAUCCAAGUUUUUGAACCAAAUCCUAAAUGAAAAUUCAAGUUUUCAGCCAAAUCCGUUUAUUUUUUUUGGUCAAAUCUGGGGAAAAAUCCCGGAUUUUCAAUUUGGGCGAUGGGGAAAAAUCAGGGAUGAUGUUGGACCGUGUGAGGCAUCUCUAGGUGGAAAAAAUAUGUGGGAGAGGUAAAAUUGGGGGAAAAUCCCGGUUUUUUGGACAAAUCUGUCUUUUUUUUUCAUGUCAAAUAUGGGGGAAAAAUCCCAGAUUUUCAGUUUGGGCGAUGGGGAAAAAUUUGGGAGGGUGUUGGGUUGUGUGAGGCAGCUCUAGGUGGGAAAAAUAUGUGGGAGAGGUAAAAUUGGGGAAAAUCCCAGUUUUUCAGACAAAUCCUAAAUGAAAAUUCAAGUUUUCAGCCAAA